CUCUGCUUCUUCCACACCGUUGCUCACCGCCGCAGAUGGAGGACGCGCCGCUUCGUGUCGGAACAAGACGAUAGUUGCACAUUUUUGCACAUUUCUAGUGUUCGGAAUCUGUCAGGGCUAAUACAAAACAUGAAGCUGAGACUGUAAUGUUUGCGUCAGACGCGUGAUUCUCCAUCCAGAGUCCAUUCAGAGUUGAGGGCAGGCGCACUUGUCCGCUGUGUCUCGGACUCUAUAUGGAGGGAUGUCGGAAUGGCUUGCACCAGGAGAACCAAAACUUUGGUGUCUACGUGUGUGAUACUAAGUGGCAUGACCAACAUUGUGUGUCUUUUGUACGUCGGAUGGGUAACUAAUUACAUCGCUAAUGUGUACAUCAAAGUGCCGGUACCUGUCCCGGCCAAAAAGUUGGAAGGCGACAGGAAAGGAGAAACUCUGCGGAUUAUAGAGCGACUGGAUCGGCUGGAGAAUGUUGUCAAUCAGCAUAUACAAGAGUCGCCGCUGAAAGGAGAUGACAAUCAAGUGGAUCGAUCUUUUGCUGACUCAUCCUUGUUCAACCACUGGGGCCAAGACCUGGGGCCUGAGAGCCGUCGAGUGGCCCUCAAGAUGUUUCAGUAUUAUGGCUAUAACGGGUACCUCAGCGACCGCCUCUCCAUGGACAGAGCCAUCCCAGACUACAGGCCGGACGGGUGCAAAAACAUGUCUUACCCGUCCAACCUGCCGCAGGUCAGUAUAGUCUUCAUCUUUGUGAACGAGGCACUGUCAGUCAUUCUACGCUCCAUCCAUUCGGUCAUGAACAGAACACCCAGCCACCUGCUCAAAGAGAUCAUACUGGUCGACGACAACAGCAAUAACGAUGAGCUAAAGGAGAAGCUGCAGGACUUUGUGAAGGAGACCAACGCUAAGCAGCCGGGUUUCAUUAAGGUGGUCCGUCACAGUAAGCAGGAGGGUCUGAUUCGCUCUCGAGUGAGUGGCUGGAGAGCCGCCUCUGCCCCUGUAGUGGCCCUUUUUGAUGCCCACGUGGAGUUCAACAUCGGAUGGGCUGAGCCUAUUCUCCAAAGGAUCAAAGAAGACAGAACCAGAAUUAUAUCUCCAUCGUUUGACAAUAUUAAAUACGACACAUUUGAGAUUGAGGAGUAUCCCCUCUCCGCUCAGGGCUUUGACUGGGAGCUGUGGUGCCGCUAUCUGAACCCACCCAAAUCAUGGUGGAACCUGAACAACAGCACUGCUCCGAUCAGGAGUCCGGCUCUGAUCGGCUGCUUUGUGGUGGACAGGCUGUAUUUCGCAGAGAUUGGUCUGCUGGAUGAAGGCAUGGAGAUUUAUGGAGGAGAGAACGUGGAACUGGGCGUCAGGGUGUGGCAGUGUGGAGGAAGUGUGGAGGUGUUGCCCUGUGCCCGUAUCGCCCAUAUCGAGCGCGCCCACAAACCCUACACAGAGGAUCUCACUGCCCACGUGCGCAGAAACGCUCUGAGGGUUGCAGAAGUGUGGAUGGACGAGUUUAAAAGCCAUGUCUACAUGGCCUGGAACAUUCCACAAGAGGACUCAGGGAUAGACAUCGGUGACAUCGCCGAAAGAAAAGCACUGAGGAAAAAGCUGCAGUGCAAGACCUUCCGCUGGUAUCUAGUGAACAUUUACCCCGAGAUGAGAAUGUACACGGACACCGUCGCAUAUGGAGUGCUCAGAAACUCACUGAAGACUGACUUGUGUCUCGACCAAGGGCCAGACACUGACAACAUUCCCAUCCUUUACCUCUGUCACGGGAUGACACCUCAGAAUGUAUACUACACCAGCACUCAGCAGUUAUUUGUGGGCAUCCUGAGCCCCACCGUUGACGAUGAUGACAACAAGUGCCUGGUGGACGUGAACGGCCGGCCGCGGCUCAUUGAGUGCAGUUACGCUGUGGCCAAACGCAUGAAGCUCCACUGGCGUUUUACUCAGGGAGGCUCCAUCCAGAAUACAAAGUCAAAGCGAUGCCUUGAACUCGUGGAGAACAAUGACAAUGAGUUCGGAUUUCAGCUCACCCUCCAAAAAUGCACUGGCCAGAACUGGACCAUCACCAAUAUGUUGCCUGGUAGCACCUUAUGAUGACUUUCGAGACCUGGGACGGCAUUGAGAAACGAAGCACCUGGAUGUCUCUGACUUUGACAUCAUAUGAUAAAUGUUAAACAUUUUUCUCUAGCUACUGUACUUGUGCAUAUUGAUAAGCCACGUUUGGCUGAUGCCGCAUUGUGUGUUAUGAGGUCCUACACUGUACUGAGAUAUAUUUUGUGCAAGGUCUACUCGGUUUCGUCUUGACUUGAAGGUUGUACCGGCUCCAGCGCACACAUUGAAGCCAUAAUUGCUACUAUGUAGCAAAGCUUUGGCAACGUUCUUGCUGUAUUUCUUUUUCUAGUGUCUCAGGUUUGUAGGUUGAGAUUAUUUUGAAACUACUCUGUACAUUUUUGGGACAUGCCAACAACAUGUUGGAACAUAUCUAGAUACAAUCAGCUGUUUUAUAUCUACAUGUAAAGUAAAUAUUCUCAGUAUUUAUAAUUCAUGGCAGUAAAAAAAGAACAAAUGCUAA